AUGAACUCAACAGUAUUGCCUGAGGUAACAAAAGAAGAACAACUAGAGAUCAAAGAUAAAGUCACGAGUAAAGAAACUCAUAUUUAUAAGAAGCGAUACUAUGUAUUGUUACUGUUUAUUAUGUUAUCAGCUUCAAAUGCUAUGCAGUGGAUUGAAUAUUCAAUUAUCGCUCAUAUCAUCGUACGAUUUUAUUCCGUUUCGUACGUUGCCGUAGAUUGGACUUCGAUGAUUUACAUGUUAACUUAUAUUCUUUUCGUGCUGCCAGCAAGGCUACGAAAAUCAUUACGAAUUUUAUCACUGACUUAUUUUUAUAGUUGGGUACUUGACAAGUAUGGUGUACGAGUAUCAGUACUAUUGGGUGCUGGUGGUAAUUGCAUAGGAGCUUGGCUGAGAUUAUUUUCAGCCAAACCUGACGGAUUUUGGAUCACAUUUAUAAGUCAAACGAUUGUUGGCUCAUCGCAGAUAUUCAUCUUAGGAAUGCCUUCAAGGUUAGCUGCAACCUGGUUCGGUCCUGAACAGGUUUCUACGGCUUGUGCUGCUGGCGUCUUUGGAAAUCAGUUAGGAAUAGCCAUUGGUUUUUUGCUUCCACCGAUGAUUGUUCAUAUGGGUACUACUGAUGACGUCGCCAGUGAUUUGACUCGAUUAUUCCUGACUUCAGUAAUUGCAAAUACAAUCAUUUUUCUGCUGAUAAUUUUUUCGUUCCCGCAGAAGCCACUUUUACCACCGAGUUUGGCUCAACUGCAAGUUCUUGAAGAUACUAAAGAAACUCAUUAUUUUCAAUCUCUUAAGCAGCUGUUGAAAAAUUCAAACUUUAUUCUUCUCUUCAUUACCUAUGGUAUCAAUGCCGGUGUUUUUUAUGCAGUGUCAACUCUUCUAAGCCAAGUGAUUUUGAUGUUCCAUCCAGAUGAACAAGAAAGCACAGGAACAAUUGGUUUACUGCUCGUUUUAGCUGGAAUGUUUGGUUCAGUGAUAUGUGGCAUGAUUUUAGAUCGGUUUCAUCAGUUCAGAUUAACUAUUAUUGGUGUUUACCUGUUUAGCACAUUAGGCAUGUUUCUGUUUACUUUUGUGGUCGAUUUCCUACAAAUGUGGUGUAUUUAUGCAAGUGCUAUAUUUCUGGGGUUUUUUAUGACAGGAUAUUUACCAAUUGGUUUCGAAUUUGCAGUUGAGCUAACUUUUCCAGUAACUGAAGGAACUACAUCUGGUCUUCUCAACGCUUCAGCUCAAAUAUUAGGCAUUGUACUUACGUUAACUGGUGGCUUCAUCCUUCAAAACUUUAGUGCUUUUGCUAGUAAUUUGACUUUUACUGGAUUUCUUGUUGCUGGAACAUUGCUUACAGGUACUUUGAUCAAAUCCGAUCUACGAAGGCAAAAUGUUCAGAAAGUUUCAUACACGCUACCGGUAAACAAUUUUUUAAAAUGUGUAAUUCUCGCUCUCAAUAAAUUUAAUUACUGCACUUCACUAUGA